CUGGCCCCACACUCAAUUUCAACUGUAAUUCCGUCUUAUAUAAGAACAUUCCAAUUCCACUUCUAAACCCAACCACCCUUCAACAAUAAAACAAACGAUUCUCUCUCUCCCUCACAUUUUCAACGAAUCAACCCUCGCUUCAAAGCUAAACACUAAUUCCUUUAAGAACAUUCUUGAAUCUAUCUUUCUUUCUACUUACCUUUUCCGCAAGUUGGGAGAUAACAAUGGGUGAUGGAAAUAGCAUAAGAACAUUGAAGGAAUUUUCGAUUCCGGAUUAUAUACUAUUGCCGGGAGCUGAGAACAGAGGUGUUUAUCAUGUACCUGCAUGUCCAGUGGUUGUUUUCAUAAACUCCAAAAGUGGUGGUCAGCUUGGAGGAGAGCUUUUUGUUACCUAUAGUUCAAUUCUUAACAAAAAUCAGGUUUUUGAUUUGGGAGUACAUGCUCCAGACAAGGUGCUGCAUCAGCUUUAUGCUAAUUUAGCAAAGCUAAAGCACAAUGGAGAUAAUUUUGCUGCUGAAAUUCAGAAUAGGUUGAGAAUAAUUGUUGCAGGUGGAGAUGGUACUGCUAGCUGGCUUCUUGGAGUGGUAUCUGACCUUAAAUUACCUCAUCCACCGCCAAUUGCAAUGGUGCCACUCGGGACGGGAAAUAAUCUUCCCUUCGCAUUUGGAUGGGGAAAGAAAAAUCCGACCACCGACAUCCAAUCAGUGGUAUCAUUUCUGAAUCACGUAAAAGCUGCGAAGGAAAUGAAAAUAGACAGCUGGCAUAUAAUAAUGAGAAUGAAGGCUCCAAAAGAAGGUUCGUGUGACCCAAUUGCGCCCCUUGAGCUGCCCCAUGCUUUGCAUGCAUUUAAUCGUGUCUCUUCAUCAGAUAAAUUAAACAUGGAGGGUUACCACACUUACCGAGGUGGAUUUUGGAACUAUUUUAGCAUGGGAAUGGAUGCGCAAGUAUCAUAUGCUUUUCAUUCUGAGAGGAAGUUACAUCCAGAAAAAUUUAAAAAUCAGUUAUAUAAUCAGAGUGCUUAUCUGAAGCUUGGAUGUACGCAAGGCUGGUUCUUGAGUUCUUUGUUUCAAUCUUCUUCCCGGAAUAUUGCUCAGCUGACAAAGGUAAAGAUAAUGAAAAGGCAAGGUCAGUGGGAAGACCUUCACAUACCUCGCAGCAUACGAUCAAUAGUUUGCCUCAACUUGCCAAGCUUUUCUGGUGGACUCAAUCCUUGGGGAAAGCCAAAUAGAAAGAAGUCAAUUUAUAGAGACCUGACUCUUCCAUAUGUCGAUGAUGGCCUAUUUGAAGUAGUUGGUUUUAGAGAUGCAUGGCAUGGUCUUGUUUUGUUUGCACCAAAUGGGCACGGGACUCGUUUAGCACAGGCUAGCAAAAUCCGUUUUGAGUUUCACAAGGGUGCAGCUGACUAUACAUUCAUGAGAAUCGAUGGCGAACCAUGGAAACAACCUCUCCCAAAAGAUGAUGCCACAGUUGUUGUUGAGAUAUCUCAUCAUGGUCAAGUGAGCAUGCUUGCUACCCCAUUACGUCAUUCUAAAAGUAUGCAUGACGAUGAUCCUUCCUCACCUUCUGUAGACCAUGAAGAAGAUGAUAGUAGUGAUGAAGAAGAUGAUAGUAGUGAAGAACGUCGCAAGUUUGGUGCAGCCGACACAUUCAAGUAUCCUGAAGAAGUUGAUAUAGCUCAUUUAAGUUAGUGUAGCUAAGUUUGUUUAAUCUGGGGUGUUUAAAUAGGAAAUAAUGGUAGGAAUGAUAGGGAGGGAGUGAACGAUUUGUUUUUGUGCAUACCAUUUUUACUCAAUUUUAAUUUAUUUUUUUAAAGAACUCAAUUGUAAUUCUAGUUUGUAGAGGCCUUUUGGUUGGUUGGUCAGAGUAUUUGUAAGUUUACUCUAAAAGUAAUUCCAUUAAAUAGAUUGACUAAGAAAUCAAAUCA